AAGGAGGUAAAACUCGGCCAGAAUGGCUCAAUCCACUCAAUCAAACACUUACAAGCAGGGCUACUCCAACUACACCCUUGCAACUCAGCAGUCGCGCACAGCCGAGUCUCAUGCCGCUUUCCUCCUGCCGCACAUCGAAAAGGGAGACCGGAUUCUCGACGUAGGGUGCGGUCCUGGUAGUAUCACUACGGGAUUUGCCAAGUACGCGAGCGAAGGCAGUAUCGUUGGCGUCGAUAUCUCAGCAGAAGUACUGCAAAAGGCAAAGGAAGCGGCUGCUGAGGCAAAAAUUCCAAGCGAAGGCCCUGGCUCAGUGGUCUUCGAACAGGGGAACGUUCUAGAGGGGCUCCCCUAUCCCGAUGAGUCCUUUGAUGUUGUCUACGCUUCUCAACUCUUCGGCCACCUGCCUCCUCCAGAUCUUCCACUCCGCGCACUGGCCGAAAUGCGAAGAGUUUUGAAACCAGGUGGUAUCCUUGCUACGCGCGACGCGGCAGACCAGCAUUUCUAUCCACGAAGUCUAAACCUCGAUAAACUAUGGGUGCACAAUUUUCAUCGAGUAGCGUCGCUGAAGCUUGCACCAGAAGAUGAUCCGACAAGCACACGAAUGCCGGCACUAUUACGCAGCGCUGGCUUUGACGCUGACGGCGGCAAGGUCGUUGUUGGCGCUGGGACUACGGUUUAUUCAGGUCCAGAAACUCGAAAGUGCCUAGCCUGGCGUGCCAAGGGUCAUCUGCAGCAGGGAGAUGAGUUUCGGCAGAGCUGGCUGGAUGCUGGGAUUACUGACGAGACGAUCCAGGAGACUCUGGCUGCUGUGGAAAAGUGGGCCAAUACGGAGGAUGCGUGGUACGCGGCAUUACAGUGUGAGAUGCUUGCAUGGAACUUAAAUUCAUGGCUCGUAUCCAUGCCUCGUAGCGCGUUCGGCUCCCACCUUGCAUAA